AAGUAAUGACACCUGAAGACAAAUGCUGUCCCCAGCCAGAAUGUGUGUGUAACACUACCUACUGCCCAGGAACCAUUGAGUCAUGUCCAGUUGGAUAUACAUUAAAACAACAAAAUCUGCCAGGAGGAUGCUGCAUUGCUGCCAUUUGUGUGAAAUUACCAGGCUGUGUUGUUGAUGACAACCUCUACAAACCUGGAGCAAUUGUUCCAAGAGGCCCAUGUGAAACCUGCACAUGCUCUCUAGAAGAAGACCCAGAGACCAAAUCAAACAAGGUGGAAUGUGUGCCAGAAGUAUGUGACAGAAGUUGCCCAUUGGGCCAUGAAUAUAGGGAAGUAUCUGGACAAUGCUGUGGUAACUGCACCGCAGUGGCUUGUGUCUUGAAGCAAGGACUCGAUGUCAGAGUUAUCAAGCGUGGAGAAAUUGUUCACCCUCCAGGAGACAACUGUACCUUCUAUGAAUGUGAUUUUGUUGAUGGACAGUAUAUUCUUGUCACUACCAAGAAAACUUGCCCUCUGUUUGACCCAACUACCUGUGAGCCUGAAUAUGUGGUAAAGUCUGAUGAUGGCUGUUGCAAGAUCUGCCAACCACCAUUGAAAAUCUGUGUGCCAAAAAGCACAAGAAGUGUCAUCAGAUACAAUGACUGUGAAGCUUCUUCACCUGUUGAGUUAACGUAUUGUGAAGGCCACUGUGGCAGCUCUUCAAAAUAUUCUUAUAAGGCAAACACAAUGGAUCAUACCUGCAACUGUUGUAAGGAACUCAAGACAAGCAAGAGACAAGUGACCCUGUCAUGCCCUGAUGGCUCCACCCUGGAUUAUUCUUAUAUCCAUGUUGAUGAGUGUGACUGUAUGGCCAGCCAAUGUGGUCUCCAGCCCACCUCCUCUCCAGAACAGCAGCAGGAACAAGAACAAGAACAGCAGCAGCAAGAAGAGCAGCAACAAGAGGAACAGCAACAAAUGGAAUAGCAACAGCAGGAAGAAGAACAGUAACAAGGACAGGACUUUUUUUAAUGACCAAGAACAAGAAUUAACCCAAAGGAAAUUCAAAUAAAUCUUCUGUUAGGUAGAAAAAUAUCCAAUGCAGCAUUGUGAACAUACAGAUGAAUAUUUUUUUCUAGAUCUACCCAGAGUGGCCCCUUUUCUUUCAUCUUAUACAGUAUUUGGUGUACCAAACAAGAAAUGCUCAGGUUUAUGCUUUCCUUGAGUGAGGCUAUCUUGUCCAACUGCAAAUUAUGUGGGAAGGGGAAGAAGACCUUGGUGAGAAUUAUUAGAGUGCCGGUAGGAAGAUUAAGCCUUAACUCUCCCCCGCCAUGAAGUUAGAACUCCAGCAUUACCCAAGCAUCACAUGGAUAGUAAUAUUUCUAAUAUAAGCACAAGACUUUUUUCCCAUUACUAGUUGGCACUAGUCAGACAUUAAUUUAAGUACAAGAGCUAUUAGGAGAGGCCCGUUCCAUUCCAUUUCAACUUCAUUCCUCAGUGACUAUAUCCACAACUAAAAAUCUAGCACUUACUUUGCCAGUUUGCUCUUCCUAACUGUUGUUUCAAAUUCCUGAUUUCUACAAACUUCAGUCUGGUGAAUGAUGCAGGGCUACAAUACUAGGUUAAUUGUAAAUUUAUUCUUAUGCAAAACAACAGCAAUAAAAAAAACCUGAUGAAGUAUGGCUGCUGCUGAAGAAGACACUCUGUUUACAUAUCAUCAGCAGCAUAAUAAUUGUAUGAAGAUUUUAAUGUUUUUUAUAACUGUUUACAAAAUGAAUAUAGAUUAUAGAGAUGUAUUUGCCAAAUGGUCAUAUGAAGAGCUUUUGUAAACUGAGGUAACAACAAAAACAAUAAUAUAAAUUCUGUUCUAAGACAGUUAAUUUUUUUUAAAUGUUGUAUCAUUACUAUUUAUUUGUUAUGGGAAAAUAGACUUUAGGGGCUAUUUUCUUCUGAAUUAAUAUCUUCUGUCAACAAAAGCCUGGUUGAGGGAUAACUUCACCUUUUGCCAUUUUUAUUUGUUUCUUUAAAAG